CGGGGCCACUAUCAGUGAUAAGAAGUGUUUUCAGUCAGAAAGGAAAAUUCCUCCACAUCCUGCAAUGCUGAACACUGAGAACCUUGCAGCCAAUCUCUGUGGAUUGCUGGCUCAACAGGGGAAUAAAGAUCCAGCUGUUGAGUGGAAAAUUUUGGGCCAGGAGAGAGAUGGCUCAUUACUGGUGAACUGGGUGGCAAAGAGAGAGGAUGGAUCAAGUGGCCAUAUAGGGAUUUUUGAUCCCAACAACAAAACAUUUGAUAUUCUGAACACAUUCCCGGAACCAAGAAAUAUUAUUCAGGCAUCUGUGAACAGCUCCCGGACGCUGCUGACCUAUGUGAUAAAGGAGGAACCAUCAGGAGCUGAAGAAAUGCCCAAAUACUCACCGUUUUUAGUUGAAAUUAACAAUGCCAUUGAGAGAGAACCUUUUGGAUUGCUUGCCAUGGAGAGGAGCAAGCAGGUCAUGGUGCAGUUCCUCUGGAAGAAGCGCGAUAACUUCGACAAGACCUACAGGGAUAAGUUUCUAGUCAUGAUCCAUGAAGAGUGUGUCCUCCUCUUCACGGCGAAUAUAAAGAAGAUUCCUUCAGCAGAUGAUGAUGGCCACUCUUCGGCAUCUCUGAGAAUAGAUUUUAAGCACGACAACUGGUACUGUGACACCAAAGAGAUGGGCAGUGAGUCCAUUGUGAGGAAUUUCACAUGGUGCCAGUGGGAUCCGGAAAUUCAAUCCCUCUACUACAUCCACUACAAACCUCAAACGAGGAAUACCCUUGAGAAGGAUGAUGAGAAGGAGGAUCUCAGUCCAACAUUGAGUGCAUUCCAGUUUCAUGACGAUCUCCCCAUGGAAACAGUCCUGAACAUUCCACUGAAUUUACCGAAAAUCCCAAUAACCGAAUCUGGAGCAAAGGUCAUCUAUGAGGAUGAUACCAUUCCAUUGAGAAUCCAUGAUUCAUCCCUAAAUCUCGUGAUUGUUUCAAAUGAGAUCGGGAUGCUCUUCGUGUGCCACUAUUACCUGUACAUGCCGGUGAAGCCUCCAGAGGAGUCUGGAAAGAUGGAAUCUGUUCAUCUUGCUUACUCUGUCACAAUUCUCCAUCACGGAUGCGUUAUACACUGCGUUGUCCCUGGGAUCAGUUGGGAGAAAGCCAAGCUAAUGAAACCUACUUUUGCUUUGCACGGUGAUCAUCAUUUGCUAGUCUUCCAGGCUGAUCUCUUUGCGCACCUCCUGGACAUUGGCCUGAGUCAUGAACCCUGCUGCCAUAUAGUGUGUCCACCUCCGAUUCAGAUUCCCGUAACUCACCUCGUUCCUUGCGUCAAAUGGGGCUCACUUACCUUUGAUUCGGCUACUCUCAAUCUGGUUUCAAUGAGUGUGUCUAAAUCUCAACUUAUUGAGGCAUUCAGGAGCGACACAUCACUCGACAACCGCCUCAGUAUCCUCCACUACUUUGCCGUUCAUUCCGUUGACAUGGACACAGUGGCAGAACUCAUUGGGAUUCUCAUGGAACAUCCCAUGAGCCUGGAUCUUGUAGCUCUAAUGAAGGAAGUUCUUAUUGGAGGAACUUAUGCAGCAGUGAAGAAGGGACUUCCUCCAGAGGCAGCAGCACUCAUUCGAUACCUCCCACUGACAAUGUCUAACCCACUGAAACCCAUUCAAGCUAAAGUAAGCGACCUAUCUGUUGGAAUCUCCCAUGAAACUCUCUACAACACCAACAUGAUGCUACUCUCAUCACAGCAGAGGCUUUCACCCUAUCGCACAGACAUCUGGACGUGUCUCUGGGAUCGUCUGAAUGAAAACAAGGAGCCUGUGAGGUUCACAGCAGAGCAGGUUGUUGAGAAGUUGAUGUUCUCACUGGCUUGCUAUCAACCGGAAACACUGUCUCGCUGCACAACACCAAUGAGCCCUUCAGGACCCAAAAUAGGCGCUGAUAAUAGCUUCUCCCUCACCCAUCGUAGCCAGUCAACUGAUCUCCCAUUUAUUGAGCUGGAGGAAUGCACGGCUAGUAAGCAGGAGCACGUUAUAUCAGUGAAUUUGAGGGAGUUAAGUGUCCACCUGGCCAAGUACACGGCUAAGCAGAAUAUUGGCUUCCGCUGGCUUAAGAAUUCCUACGAUCAGGCACCAACGUACGUUCACACAGUUGCCUCCAUGUUUGCUGCUGCUCAAUAUGAGAUGUCCAAGACGCUCUGUGGCAUUGUAUGUCGUUAUGCAGGUGUUGAUGCCCAACUGGAGACACUUAAAGGCUUCCCUCUAAUUGAUUCUCUAUCUUCUUCGCGGCAAUACGCUCUUUAUUCAUUCUUGGAGAGAUUCUGCCUUGCAGCUCAAUCCUUGGCCUACCCACUGCCCCAAGGAUUCUCAUCCUUUUUCGCCUAUCUGGGAUUCAGAACACUCUCCUACGACAUGUUCCUUCAGUACGUUCAGAGGCAUGUGUUUGAGUUGCAAAUUGACGUCAUGAAAGCCAUUUUGCAAGACAUGGAUGAUUCUCCUGAAGCGCUGAGACGCAAAUUGAGCCUGUUGUCGAUGUUGCCACGAUCGAGAGCCCGGAGGCUUCUCAAUAAGUGGAACCACACGGCAAGUUUGCAAAUUCGUGCACGAGAUCACGCAACAAAUAUCCUCUGUGGCGUUCCCGUAUUCCCACGUGGCUCUCAAGGGCAGCUCAAGCAGAACGUCCGUCACGGUGGAAGCUACCCGGAGAAUAAGGAAACCAUCGCACCACUAGAUACCUUCCUGGAUCUCCUAACGGCCAAAGCGAAUCUCAAUGAAAUUGACUUCAAUCUCCUCAUUGAUGCCACAAUCAGUUCGCUGGAGCAAUAAGCAGCAACUUCCCACGCUCACCCCAAACACAAUGCGAGCGUGCCAACCUUGGCCGUGCGGUGAAGGAGAGAAAAAUGGGAGGAAUAUGUGAAGAUGCGAGUGUCGCUUAAUUGCAUAAUUAUCGAUGAUGUACCCAAAACAUCAAAAGAUUUACGAGACGAGCUUUUUUUUUAGCUCUCGCGCACGAUUUUUUGCUCCUGCUCAAGACAUCUCAAUGGGAUCGUCAUGCAUUGUAUUGGGAGGUGCUUUGGCGUCGAUAUGGGGGCAAUUUUUGGAUAUAUUUCAUCCACAAUAUUUUUGUUCGGCUGAAGCUUCUCUCGAUCAAUUUUCACGAAGAGGAACAAAAAUGAAUAAAGACACGCAAAGUGGGUGAUUAAAUUCAGAAGCACGAGAUUUCAAUGAAAUCCCAAGAGCAAACGUUAGAACGCCAAGGGGGGUAUUUUACUAGGAGGUGGUGUACGCAAGGAAAUAAAUUUUAUUGGUAAUUUUUGUGAGUUGAAAAAAUCAAAGAAAUCUUAAAGAAAAGAUUUGAAAAAAUGUCGUCAGUGCAAUAUUUUGGUAGAGGUACAAAUUUAUGUUGAUUUAUCGUCGUUAUAAUAUUUUUAAAAUAAUUUGUUUGAAAGAUUCCUUGAAUUUAAUUCGUAUUUUGGUGAUUUUAUGUAGAGGCUUGCUAUAUUGAUAUUACAUUCCUUAGAAAAUAGUUUGAAAGAAUUUAUUUUUAAAAGAUUUUAAUACGUUAAUACGUUUUUUAUUACUCAUUUAAGGGGCUCAAAAUAAGCUAGAUUUUUUUAGUGAUCGUUAGAAAAUUUUUCAGUAAGGAUUAAAAGAGAGAAAAUCAAUUUUUCUCCAGAGAUUUCGGUACAACUUUCAUAGAAUAUUUUUUUUCUUUUUGUUCAAAGUUUUGUGUACGAUAAAACAAAUCUAUCUUUACUGAGGCCACUGAGGUAAGCUCAGAUGAAGCCAAAAGCUCUGAGGGAAUGAUGGAAUUUUCUUCUUUGACUUUUAAAAUAAAUUUUCUAACGAAACUGAAAAAUUACAGCUCAAAACUCAACUUGAAUUAGAAAAAAGCUCAAAUUAUGUUUUAAGUUUAAGUUCCUUUAUAAGUUUAAGUUUUUAGGGUUCCUAAGUUUAAAGAAAUUGGUUAUGAAAGACAAACUAAUAACUCAUGCUAACUAAUUUUCAUUCAUCACCCACCGUUAUAGAAAUGAAUUUAAAAUGAGAUCAUUGAGAAGGACGUAAAAAUUAUAAAAUAUUCGCCAGAAUAAUUGGACUUUAUUUCAAUUUUUGCAAAAAAAUUUAAAGAAAAGUAAUAAUUAUCUAUUGAAUUUUAAUACAAUAUUUCUCAAAAAAGGAACAAAUUAAUAGGGGAGACUAGUUAGUAUUUUUUUUAAAUGUCUGAAUUUUAUAAAAGAAAUUAAAUAAAAUUUUCAAUUUAAACAAAAUCAAAUAAUAAUUUUACAGAGAAAUUUUGCAGAAAAAUGCGAUUGACUUUUCCGAAUUCUUCAGCCCCAGUCUCCCCUAAAAAGAAAA